AUGCCCCCACCUCUGGCCUUCAUCCCCGAGCAACCGGAUUUCCUCGCCACUAGAGGAUCGUUAGCCCUAGCCCUUCGUACCCCGUCGGGCGAGAGGGCUGUGACUCCCGAUACUACCCGCAGAGAGGAGGCCCUAGUCGCCACCGGCGAAGCCAACUCCAUCUAG